AGUGUUCUGCAGACCAAAUGAAUGAAGCUUCAGUCACGGGGAGGAGCCAGAAACUAAAGAGAUGCAGAGAACAGCUCAGGACAGAGGACAUGUGCACAUAGCAGAGACUCAGAGACACAGGAAAAUACAAGCCAACUGAUAAGAACGCUGGGAAAUGACUUGGAUUUUAUGAAACUGGUAUGUAAUGAUAGGAGAAAUGAGCAUUGCUGAUGGGAAGACACGUUAUGUGUCUGCUUUCAGGAUACAGCUGUCAAGCUCCCAGUCAAAGGGGGCCAACGGACAAGUGUCCCAACCCGCACACAUUCCCACAAUCCCCACAGCCGUGAAGAAGCCUGGAGAGACAUCCAAUGCAGUGAGUGGUAACCACAGCCAUAAUAGUGAUCUGGAUCCACCCCAUUUCACUGAGCCCCUAGAGGACUGUAUAGUGGAUGAAGGAAAUGACAUCACACUGAAAGGGACUAUCACAGGGAGCCAGCCAAUCAGCAUUUCCUGGCUUCAUAAUGGUGAGGCUGUGCUGUUUGGUAAAUCUUCAUUAGUGGGAGAAGUGGUGACUUUGGUAGUUAAGGAAUGUCUCCCAGAGGAUGCUGGGGCUUAUACAUGUGUGGCCGAAAACACAGCAGGAAAAACAUCCAGCAGUGCAGCAGUGUGCGUGAGAGACUAUGAAACAAUAGUUGGGAUCCAUAAUGAUAUUACCCUCACAUCUCACUCUCAUCCUGAUUCCUCUCAUCCUCACACUCCUGACAUGCUAAGCGGGGUCUUAAACUCCUCUCAGAACGUCCCAGAGGACAUCAGUGCUUUUAAAGGCCCACAGACACCUCAGACAGGAAGUCCUGUAACAAGCUCCCCAGCACUCAAGAGAGAGGCGCUUGUCAAAAGGAGGAGCAGCUCAGGUCCAGCACCUCCUCUGCAGUUUGUGGAUCCAUUAGAUCGUCUGGAGGUGCAUGUUGGAGAGACGGCCCAUUUGAAGUGUGUCUUCAAAGGCAGCUCUCCUGUAGCUUCUUGCUGGGUCUGUAAAAAAAAAGAGGUGGUGGAAAGCUCCAGGUUUCGUAUUGAGUCCUGUAAUGAAAGCAGCUCUCUGGUGAUUUCUGAAGCCCUUCCUGAGGACUCUGGACGUUACACGAUAUUUGUACGAGAUCGCAAAAGUUCAGCCCAACACACAGUGACCCUGAAUGUCAUUGACCUGCCUCAGCCUCCUGCCUCCUGUCCUGUGGUGUCCAUCCUCUCCCCUCACUCUCUGGUUUUGUCCUGGUCUGGGCCGUCUUACGAUGGUGGCAGUGCUGUGACUGAAUACGUGGUGGAGGUUUGUGAAAACCCAGGUGCAACUGACCAGUGGAGAGAGCUCACAUCCCAGUGCAAGAGCACCUCGCUCAGGGUGACUUCAGGACUCCAGCCUCAAGGAGAAUACUGCUUUCGGGUCAGGGCCUGUAACGCUGUGGGGGUUAGCGAACCGAGCCAAGAGUCCCAGCCAAUCAGGAUGGACAAUCCAGGAGAGCCCUGUGAUGAGAAGCCAGUGGAGUAUGUGACUGUGACCAUCAACACUGUUGAUAAACUUACUGACCACUACAAUGUCCUGGAAAAACUCGGAGUAGGGAAGUUUGGCCAGGUGUUUCGGAUGACCCACAAGGAGACGGGCCGAGUUUGUGCUGGAAAGGUCUACAAAGGUCGUCGGAUAAAGGAGAGAGAGGCUGCAAGGAAAGAAAUAGAGCUAAUGAAUUUCUUACACCAUCAAAAACUCGUGCAGUGUCUUGCUGCAUAUGAUAACAAGGCUGAGAUGGUGAUGGUGAUGGAAUAUGUUUCUGGUGGAGAGCUGUUUGAGCGCAUUGUAGAUGAUAGUUUUGAGCACACCGAAGUGUCCAGUGUGGGCUACGUGCGUCAGAUUCUGGAGGGGAUUCAGUACAUGCACCAGCAAAAUAUUAUCCACCUGGACCUCAAACCUGAGAACAUCGUCUGUGUGGACAGAACUGGAAUUCAGAUCAAAAUCAUUGACUUUGGACUGGCUAGCAAGCUGGAUCCCAACACACCUCUGAAGGUGAUGCACGGCACUCCAGAAUUUGUUGCUCCAGAGGUGAUCAGCUUUGAGCCGGUCUGUCUGGCCACUGACAUGUGGAGCAUCGGGGUCAUCUGCUACAUCCUGUUGAGUGGUGAAUCUCCGUUCCAGGGUGAAAGUGACGCAGAGACUCUGGCUCUUGUGACAGCAGCGCAGUGGGAGUUUGAUGAAGAGAGCUUUGAAGAUAUCACCGACCUGGCAAAGGAUUUCAUUAGAUCUCUGCUCAGCAAAGAUGCCAGGCGCAGGAUGUCAUGUGAAGAAGCCUUGGCUCAUUCCUGGUUGGCAUAUACUUGUGUAGACACCACCAAAAACCUUUCCAAAGACAAGAUGAAGAAAUUCCUGACUAGGCAGAAGUGGAAGAAAACAGGCAAAGCUUUGCUGGCUCUGAAGAGGAUGGCUAUAUUGUCUAAACCAGAGGCUUCCGCAAGCUUGAGCCCUGUAGAUGAGACGGAGCAGGCACUGCAGUCUUUGGAGCUGAAGCUUCAGUGUAAACCUGAGUUCACUAAGACCCCAUCUGACCUGACUGUCCCGCAGGGCUCCAGCGCCCAACUCUCCUGUCUCAUCACAGGUUACCCUGACCCUGAGGUGGUGUGGUUGAAGGACGGUGAGCUGCUGGAGCUGCAGGAGGAGUGUGUGAAGGUGGACUAUGAGGAGGACGGCAGCUGUACUCUCACCCUAGAGAACGUCUCUCCGCAGCACAGCGGCCUGUAUUCCUGCAAAGCCACUAAUGUGCUCGGGGAGGUGCUGUGCUCUGCUACUCUUACUGUAGAGGAGAAAGACAAACAGAUGAAUUCAUAAUGGCAUAAAAAACACAUAAAUACACACACCAGACAGAUUAAAAUAUACUGAUGCAAUUAAUUAUGGAGUUAUGACAUGCUUAUUUUUAGAUUAUUAUUGGACUUUGGUUCAAUAUCAUUAACUGUGAGCAAUUUUUAGCACUGUAUGACCUUUCAACACAGUCUUGAUUUUUCAAAACGCUCAAAUUCUCAUUUAUACAUUUAUUUACACACGGCUUGGUAUCUGAUGGGAAAUGGGAGUCUAAAUAGAUUUAAUGAACUGUUUAAAGUCAGCAUGAAAUGAAAAUUCACCUAUUUUCUAAAUGCAUUAUUAUUAUAUUAUUAUACAUUAAUAUUGUUGUGAACAUUUCAUCCCUGCAUUUUUUUUUCUUAUAAUAUUCAAUGAAAAUGUCAUAACUCAUCAAUAACUCAUGAAACAUCAAUCUUCUUUAGUCAUUUAGUCUGCUUAAAUAUGCCCACAAUUGACUGCAAGCUACAUUAUUAUAUUUUGAGUGCAAUUCCCACAUAUUAAAAUCAACAACAGAUGAAUAGGACCAAGUUCCAGAAGAGUUCGGAAAAUAUCUGACUUGUGACAACUUGCUUGAAAUACAUUCCCAGUGAACUGAGACCACUCAUUAAAAUGUCAAAAUGUCAAGCAUCAUGCUGUUAUUAAUGUCCAAACAGGCUGUUCGAAGACAGACUUUACAGACACAUUUGACAAUAAAAAUGCAGAUUUGAUAAUAAUAAUAAUAAAAAGUAUCUUACACACUAAUCUGUACAUGUGCUUGUUUCAUCUGGUAAGAGUCAUUCUGUUCAUAUGAAUUGUAUAAUGUUAUGAACUUCAUUGGACUCCUCAAAACUGCUCUAUGCUUUGAUCACAAAUUUGGUAACCAAAUGUACAUAUGUUGAUCUCAAUGUAAAGGAAACCUCCUAAGACACAUGCAGGUUUUUCAUGAUAUCUGUUACUGAUGCUGUACGUGCCAUUUUGACAAAGUAAAUCCAUGCUGUGGUCAUUUGACACCAGCCAUUUGCACAUAAGACUGACGUGUCCAUAUCAGUAACACUAAAUGUUGCAGUCCUUUGUGACCACAGUAUUUGUUUGAGAAUGGAAGAGCACAUCUACAAGGCUUUUAAAAGCCACACUUUUAGACAAUUCUGGUUGUUCAAUAGGUAUCAGACAAUAAACAAAUGAUACCAUUUAUUUUCAUAUAUAUAUAUGGUUAUUUGAUGCUUAUUUUAUGCAUGAGAUAUGGGUUUUCAAAAGGCCUCAUGUCAGAAUAGCUAAUCCCACAAGUCAUCAUUUGUUCCUGUUAAAUCACAUUUCCAUAUGAUCUAAACAUAAUUCAGCAGUAAACAGAAUUGUCCCUCUCA